UAUUAGGGUUUCAAAAAUCCCCGCCAAUUCUCUGUUCCCCUCCCCCUUCUCUCAUGGCGGUAGAGGACCAGAGUCCGGUGACCCCUGCACCAAUUCCGACACGCGGCGACAAAGUCUCUGAGACUGGCUCUUGCCACCUUGCCACGGCGCCAUCACCUGGUAAUCCAAACACUAGUGACACUUCUCCGACGAAGCCAGCCAGCCCCAAAGAUUUCAUCAUUUCUGUUGCCUCCAAGAUUGCUUCCCAGCCUCUUCAGAACUUCGAUCCUAGCGUUUGGGGCGUCCUUACUGCUAUUUCUAACAACGCUCGUAAAAGGCAACAGGGUAUUAAUAUAUUAUUAACUGCCAAUGAGCACUGUAUUGGGCGUGUGGUAGAGGAUAUGCGCUUCCAGAUUGAUUCUCCUGCUGUUAGUGCUAAACAUUGCAUGUUAUACAGAACGGAAGGCACUAAUGAAAAAAUGGAGAGCGUGGCAUCAAUUUGGUUGAAAGAUACAAGCACAAAUGGAACUUAUCUCAACUGGGAGAGGCUAAAAAAGAACAGUACUGCUGUCAAAGUUUGUCAUGGAGAUAUCAUAUCAUUUGCUGCUCCUCCUCAGCAUGAAGUUGCAUUUGCUUUUGUAUUUCGAGAGGUGCUCAAGUCUGCUUCUUCGCUGGAUAAUGGAGCUGCUAAAAGAAAAGCAGAGAUUAAAAGGAUAGGAAUCGGUGCUCCUGAGGGUCCCAUAUCACUUGAUGAUUUUCGAAGGCUCCAAAGAUCAAACACGGAACUAAGAAAGCAGUUAGAAGAUCAGCUUGUAUUAAUUGAGACUCUGCGUAAUAAAAAUCGUGCAGCUGUUGAGCAACAUGGAAGUGAAUUAAAAUCAGUCAGAGAGUCCGUUGAGAAAUCUUACCUUGAUCAAUUGAAAGAAUUACAGCAGAUGGUGGAUCUCAAACAGAAGGAAGUAGGUGAAAUCAACAGAGUUUCUGCUGAACAAAAGCAUGCUGUGGAAGACUUAAAUGAAAGGCUUAAUGCUUCUAUGCAGUCGUGUAAUGAAGCAAAUGCCAUAAUAAGUAGUCAAAAGGUAAAUAUAGCUGAACUUGAGGAGCAAUUACAUGAAGAACAAAGUCAGCGAAAAGAAGAGCGAGAAAAGGCUGCAGCUGAUCUGAAAGCUGCUGUACAUAGAGUUCAAUCUGAAGCUCAAGAGGAAUUGAAACGAUUCUCUGAUGAUGCAUUAAGACGAGAAAGAGAGUUACAAGAAUCGAUGAAGAAGCUGCAGGAGUUGGAGAGGGAAAGGUGUUUGCUAGUUGAAACCUUGAGGUCCAAGCUGGAGGACACCAGGCAAAAGGUGGUUGUCUCUGAUAAUAAAGUCCGGCAGUUGGAAACUCAAGUUCAUGAUGAGCAGCUUGCUUCAGCAAAUCAUAUAAAGAGAGUAGAAGAACUUGAGCAGGAAACAAGAAGAUUAAAGAAAGAGCUUCAGAGUGAAAAGGCAGCUCGAGAAGAAGCAUGGGCUAAGGUUUCUGUUCUUGAGCUUGAAAUGAAUGCUGCAGCACGGGAUCUUGAUUUUGAGAGACGAAGGUUUAAAGCUGCCAGGGAAAAACUCAUGCUUCGGGAAACACAGCUACGAGCAUUUUAUUCAACAACCGAGGAGAUACAAGUACUGUUUGCUAAGCAGCAGGAACAAUUGAAAGCAAUGCAGAGAACCUUAGAAGAUGAAGAGAAUUAUGAGAAUGCUUAUUGACAUGGAUGUAGUCAUGGUGGAAACUCAGGUCAAGGAAAUGAAGUUGCUGCAUACCAUGCUAAAAGUUCUGCCAAGGCUGGAUCGACAUCAUCUGCACAGAAGCAUAUUGGAGAUCAAGCGGAAACAUCCAGCAAUGAGGCCAGCGUAACCGAGAAGCAUGAUUGCGAUGUCAGGAGUGAAGAUUGCCAAAAUACACAAGAGGCAGAAUUCACCAGUGCAGAUCACGACCAUGGUGCCAAAGAUGGCUUUGUUUGUUGGGGAAACAAUGCAGUUGAUGACGAUAUGAAUGUUCAAGACACUGAGGAGCAAGGUCAAACAACUUGUCGGGAAGUUCAUGUGGACACACAAAAGACCAUUGUUGAGGACACUGAAGCUGGAGGCACAAUCAGAACUGCGGAUCUUCUAGCUUCUGAAGUUGCUGGUAGCUGGGCUUGCAGCACAGCGCCUUCUGUGCAUGGAGAAAAUGAUUCUCAAAGGAGCAGGGACAACAAUGAAGGUGCUGGGGAUGAUUCGAUUCAUCCAGUGGCAGAGUCUCAGAGUACUCCAGAUGCUGCUGCUACUAAAUGGAAUUCUGAACUCCGAGCACUUAGCGAGAUGAUUGGCAUUGUUGCUCCUGAUCUGAGGGAGCAAUUUGAAGGUUCUGUGAAUGAUUGUGAUCAACAGAGAGGAAAAGGUGGUACUCGGCCUGAUUCAGAUACUCAAGCAGAAACGAAACUGACAAUGAUGCUCAAAUCAAAAAGUGGAUCUGCAUCUGAUGCAGAGACUAGAGGUAAUGACCAUGUUGAGGAAGAUGGAGAUUCCGAAGCCACUCAAGAUAAUAAUCCCAUGGAUGAAGAUUCCGAAGCCACUCAAGAUGAUCCUCUUGGAGCAUCCAUGAAGUGUUCCAGUUGGGCCGCGGAUGCUAAAGCCUCUGUUGUGAGCCUUCUCUCUGGCUAUUCCUGUCCUCUCUUCUCUGGUUGUCAG